AUGGAUAACGAAAAGGACCCAUCAUGGCCAUACUUGAAACGCUCGAGAGAGCAAAUUAUGGAAGUGAGUUUGAAUUUUUUGAAUAUAUUUUUUGAUGUAGAAAUGUUUGAAAUUCUGAAUUUUAAGUGAGAUUUUAUUUUUGGAACUUUCUAGAGAAAAACAUAUUUGAAAAAAUAUUUUUGAAAUUGUGUUCAUAGUUUUGAAGCUUCAAUAAUUUUUGGAACUUUCUAGAGAAUUUGAAUCGCAAUCAAAUAAUUCGAUAAAUUUUUUUGAAAUAGUAGAAUUUAUGGUUCAUGAAAAAAACUUUUACAGAAUUUUUAUCAGAUAUCAAAUUUUUCAGGCACAAAAUUCUGCUUUUUCUAUUUUUUUUGAAUUUUGAAUUUUCAAAAUUUGAUUCUUCAUCCGAUUUGAAAUUUUUACAUGAUUUCAUUGAAAAACUAAAACAUUAAAAUAUUUUUUUUUGAAAAACUUUACUGAAGCUUUUUUCUUGUCAGAAAUUUCGAGAAGUCCUAUUUUUCAUCAAAAAUCUGACAUCAAGAAAAAUUAGCUCUGAACUUCUAUUUUUGGAAUAUCGGAAACUGUUAUCGGAAUAUCGGAAACGGAAAAAAUUCUCAUGAAUAUUCUUUCAGGAUCAAUCGAAACCAUACGAUUCCAAGAAAAAUUGCUGGAUUCCUGAUGCGGAAGAAGGAUACAUGGCAGCUGAGAUCACAGCCACCAAGGGAGAUCAAGUCACAGUUGUUACUGUUCGUGGAAACGAGCAAACUUUGAAGAAGGAAUUGGUGCAAGAAAUGAAUCCACCAAAAUUCGAGAAAACCGAAGACAUGUCCAACUUGACAUUCUUGAACGACGCUUCAGUUCUUCACAAUUUGCGUGCUCGUUAUGCUGCUAUGCUUAUCUACGUAAGUUAGAUAGAUCCCUGCAUGAUUUGCUAGUUUUUUCUUUUUUUUUUUUCCUAGGCGCCGAGCUGAGUGGGAGUUGUAAAAAGAUGCAAACUUUACACAAAAAUGUACACAACACUUUCUCUCUCACAUCUGUGCCUAGGAAGAAGAUGAAAAAAAGAUAGAUUCUAGGAAAUUCUCGUAUCGUAUAACGGCAUUGAGAAGAUAUGAACACAUGCCAACAAAAAAGAAACUAUAACGAAAAAAAACAUUAACAUAGAAACAAUUUUUAGAAAAAAACUAAAUUAGGAGAUCUCAAAUUCAGAGAGGAAAUAGAAAUACAAAAAUUUAUGAAAAAACAUCGGAACAAAAAGUUGAUCAGAUAUAUUUUUACUGAAUGAGACAACAAGUAGGCUUAGUUAGGCUAAGGCUUAGGCCUUUUAGGCUAAGGCUUACCCUAGGCUUAUCAGGCGGAGGCUGAGCUCCGCUCUAGACAUCGCCGUUUGGGGUUUUAGGCUUAGGCUUAGUUAGGCCAAGGCUUGGUUAAGGCUUAGGCUUAGUUAGGCUAAGACUUUGGCCUGAACUUUUGAGCAACUGUGGACAUCGCCGUUUGGGGUUUUAGGCUUAGGUUGAGUUUAGUUAGGCUAAGGCUUAGUUAGGCUUAGGCCUGAACCUUAGGGUUAUCAAGUUCAAUAAAUGCUGGGUCCCAUUUUGUGGUCCCGUCCAAUUCAGAGAGGAAAUAGAAGUACAAAUAGAACUUUGCAACAACAAAACUAAUAUUUUGCAGACCUACUCUGGACUUUUCUGCGUCGUCAUCAAUCCAUACAAACGUCUUCCAAUCUACACCGACUCAUGCGCUCGUAUGUUCAUGGGAAAGAGACGUACCGAAAUGCCACCACAUUUGUUCGCCGUCUCCGAUCAAGCCUAUCGUAACAUGUUGCAAGAUCACGAGAAUCAAUCCAUGUUGAUUACCGGAGAAUCCGGUGCCGGAAAAACCGAGAACACCAAGAAGGUUAUUUGCUACUUCGCCGCUGUCGGUGCUUCGCAACAAGAGGCUGCUGGAAAUGCGCCAGCUAGCAAUGAGAAGAAGGUCACUCUUGAAGAUCAAAUCGUCCAAACUAAUCCAGUAUUGGAAGCUUUCGGUUAGUGAUAUAAUUCCAUGAGAAUAAAAAAAAUUCAAAAAUCUUUUUAGGUAACGCCAAGACUGUCCGUAACAACAACUCUUCCCGUUUCGGAAAGUUCAUCCGUAUUCAUUUCUCCAAGGCUGGACGUCUCGCAUCUUGCGAUAUUGAACAUUACCUUCUCGAAAAAUCUCGUGUCAUCCGUCAAGCUCCAGGAGAGCGUUGUUAUCACAUUUUCUACCAAAUCUUCUCGGAUUUCAAACCAGAACUCAAGGGACAACUUCGUUUGGACAAACCAUUGAAGGACUAUUGGUUCGUCGCUCAAGCCGAGUUGACCAUCGACGGUAUCAAUGAUACUGAAGAAUUCCAAUUGACUGACGAGGCUUUCACCAUCCUCAACUUCUCUGACAGAGAGAAGCAAGAAUGUUAUCAAUUGAUGGCCGCUUUGAUGCACAUGGGUAACAUGAAAUUCAAACAACGCCCACGUGAAGAACAAGCCGAACCAGAUGGUACUGAUGAUGCCGACAGAGCCGCUGAGAUGUACGGAAUCAACAAUGAAGAAUUCUUGAAGGCUCUCACCAAACCACGUGUCAAGGUCGGAACUGAAUGGGUGUCCAAGGGACAAAACUGUGAACAAGUUAUCUGGGCUGUCGGAGCUAUGGCCAAGGGUCUCUAUUCGCGUGUCUUCAAUUGGUUAGUCAAGAAAUGUAACUUGACCCUCGAUCAAAAAGGUAUUGACCGUGAUUACUUCAUUGGUGUCUUGGAUAUCGCUGGUUUCGAAAUCUUCGACUUCAACUCCUUCGAACAACUUUGGAUUAACUUCGUCAACGAAAAACUCCAACAAUUCUUCAAUCACCACAUGUUCGUUCUUGAACAAGAAGAAUAUGCUCGUGAAGGAAUUCAAUGGGUUUUCAUUGAUUUCGGUCUCGAUUUGCAAGCUUGUAUCGAACUUAUUGAGAAGGUAUUUAAUUUUUUAAUUUUAAUUUUUUAAAAAUAACUUUAAUAUUUCAGCCACUUGGUAUCAUCUCCAUGCUCGAUGAAGAAUGUAUCGUACCAAAGGCUACUGAUUUGACUCUCGCCCAAAAAUUGUUGGAUCAACAUCUUGGCAAACAUCCAAACUUCGAGAAGCCAAAACCACCAAAGGGAAAACAAGGAGAGGCUCACUUCGCCAUGCGGCACUACGCCGGAACUGUCCGUUACAACGUUCUCAACUGGCUUGAGAAGAACAAGGAUCCACUCAAUGACACCGUUGUCACUGUCAUGAAGGCCAGUAAGGUCAACGAAUUGUUGGUGGAAAUCUGGCAAGACUACACCACUCAAGAAGAGGCUGCCGCUAAAGCCAAAGAGGGAGGUGGCGGUGGAAAGAAGAAGGGAAAGUCCGGAUCUUUCAUGACCGUUUCUAUGCUCUACAGAGAAUCGUUGAACAAUUUGAUGACUAUGCUUCACAAGACUCAUCCACAUUUCAUCCGUUGUAUUAUUCCAAACGAAAAGAAACAAUCAGGAAUGAUCGAUGCUUCUUUGGUUCUCAAUCAAUUGACAUGUAACGGUGUGCUUGAAGGUAUCCGUAUUUGUCGUAAAGGAUUCCCCAACAGAACCCUUCACCCUGACUUCGUUCAACGUUAUGCUAUUCUUGCCGCCGCUGAAGCUAAAUCAUCUGAUGACAAGAAGAAGUGUGCUGAAGCUAUCAUGUCCAAAUUGGUCAAUGAUGGUUCAUUGAACGAGGAAAUGUUCCGUGUCGGUCUCACCAAGGUCUUCUUCAAGGCUGGAGUUCUUGCUCAUCUUGAAGAUAUUCGUGACGAGAAACUCGGAAACAUUCUCACCGGAUUCCAAGCUCAAAUCAGAUGGCAUUUGGGUGUCAAGGACCGCAAGAGAAGAAUGGAACAACGCGCCGGACUUCUCAUUGUUCAACGCAACGUUCGCUCGUGGUGCACUUUGCGCACAUGGGAAUGGUUCAAACUUUACGGAAAAGUCAAGCCAAUGCUCAAGGCCGGAAAGGAAGCCGAAGAACUCGAGGCUAUCAACGACAAGGUAAUUAAUUUAUUCAUUAGAUUUUUUAUGUGAAUUAACUUUGAAAUUUUGUAGGUCAAAGCUCUCGAAGAAAACCUUGCCAAGGAAGAGAAACUUCGCAAAGAACUCGAAGAAUCAUCCGCUAAAUUGGUUGAAGAAAAGACUCAAUUGUUCACCAACUUGGAAUCGACCAAGGGACAAUUGUCUGAUGCUGAAGAACGUUUGGCUAAGCUUGAAAGCCAAAAGAAGGAUGCUGACAAGCAAUUGUCUGAGUUGAACGAUCAACUUGCUGACAAUGAAGAUCGCACCGCUGAUGUUCAAAGAGCCAAGAAGAAGGUUGAAGCUGAGUUGGAAGCUUUGAAGAAGCAAAUCCAAGAUUUGGAAAUGAGCUUGAGAAAGGCUGAAUCAGAGAAACAAUCCAAGGAUCAUCAAAUCAGAUCUCUUCAAGAUGAAAUGCAACAACAAGACGAAGCCAUCGCCAAGUUGAACAAAGAAAAGAAACAUCAAGAAGAAAUCAACAGAAAAUUGAUGGAGGAUCUUCAAGCUGAAGAAGACAAAGGAAACCAUCAAAACAAAGUCAAGGCUAAGCUCGAGCAAACUUUGGAUGAUCUCGAAGAUUCACUCGAACGUGAGAAGAGAUCUCGUGCUGAUCUCGACAAACAAAAGAGAAAGGUCGAGGGAGAAUUGAAGAUCGCUCAAGAAAACAUCGAUGAGGGAGGCCGUCAACGUCACGAUCUUGAAAACAACUUGAAGAAGAAGGAAUCUGAACUUCACUCAGUUUCUUCUCGUCUUGAAGAUGAACAAGCUCUUGUUAGCAAGCUUCAAAGACAAAUCAAGGACGGACAAAGCCGUAUCUCUGAACUCGAAGAGGAAUUGGAGAAUGAACGUCAAUCUCGCUCGAAGGCUGAUCGCUCAAAGAGUGACUUGCAACGUGAACUCGAAGAACUCGGAGAGAAACUCGAUGAGCAAGGUGGAGCCACCGCUGCUCAAGUUGAAGUCAACAAGAAACGUGAAGCUGAGCUCGCCAAGCUUCGUCGUGAUCUUGAAGAGGCCAACAUGAACCACGAGAAUCAACUCGCUGGACUCCGCAAGAAGCACACCGAUGCUGUUGCUGAAUUGAGCGAUCAACUCGAUCAACUUCAAAAGGCUAAGGCCAAGGUUGAGAAGGAUAAGGCUCAAGCAAUCCAUGAUGCUGAAGAUCUUGCCGGACAACUCGACCAAGAAACAUCGGCUAAAUUGAACAACGAGAAACUCGCCAAACAAUUCGAACUCCAACUCACCGAAUUGCAAUCGAAGGCCGACGAACAAGCCCGUCAAUUGCAAGACUUCACCUCAUUGAAGGGACGUCUUCACAGCGAGAACGGAGAUUUGGGAAGACAAUUGGAGGAUGCUGAAUCGCAAGUCAGCCAAUUGACUCGCAUCAAGGCUCAACUCACUUCUCAACUCGAGGAAGCUCGCAGAACCGCUGACGAGGAAGCUCGUGAGAGACAAACUGUUGCUGCUCAAGCCAAGAACUACCAACACGAAGCUGAGCAAUUGCAAGAAUCUCUUGAGGAAGAAAUCGAAGGAAAGGCCGAGAUCUUGAGACAAUUGUCCAAGGCCAACGCUGAUAUUCAACAAUGGAAAGCCCGUUUCGAGGGAGAAGGACUUAUCAAGGCCGACGAACUCGAAGAUGCCAAGAGACGUCAAGCUCAAAAGAUCAACGAGCUUCAAGAGGCUCUUGAUGCCGCCAACUCCAAGAUCGGAUCUUUGGAGAAGACCAAAUCAAGACUUGUUGGAGAUUUGGAUGACGCUCAAGUUGAUGUUGAAAGAGCCAACGGACUCGCUUCAACUCUUGAGAAGAAACAAAAAGGAUUCGAUAAGAUCAUCGAUGAAUGGAGAAAGAAGACCGAUGAUUUGUCAGCUGAACUCGAUGGAGCUCAACGUGACUUGCGUAACACCUCCACUGAUCUCUUCAAGGCUAAGAAUGCUCAAGAGGAAUUGGCUGAAGUUGUCGAGGGAUUGAGACGUGAGAACAAAUCACUUUCUCAAGAAAUCAAGGACUUGACCGACCAACUUGGAGAAGGAGGAAGAUCAGUUCACGAGAUGCAAAAGAUCAUCCGCAGACUCGAAAUCGAGAAAGAAGAAUUGCAACACGCUUUGGAUGAGGCUGAAGCCGCUCUUGAAGCCGAAGAAAGCAAGGUUCUCCGCGCUCAAGUCGAAGUCUCCCAAAUCCGCUCGGAAAUCGAGAAGAGAAUUCAAGAGAAAGAGGAAGAAUUCGAGAACACCAGAAAGAACCACGCCCGUGCCUUGGAAUCAAUGCAAGCUUCAUUGGAAACCGAAGCCAAAGGAAAAGCCGAACUUUUGCGCGUCAAAAAGAAGUUGGAGGCCGACAUCAACGAGUUGGAAAUCGCUUUGGACCACGCCAACAAGGCCAACGCUGAUGCUCAAAAGAACUUGAAGAGAUACCAAGAACAAGUUCGCGAAUUGCAAUUGCAAGUCGAAGAGGAGCAAAGAAACGCCGCCGAUGUUCGUGAGCAAUUCUUCAACGCCGAGAAACGCGCCACCUUGUUGCAAUCCGAGAAAGAAGAACUCUUGGUUGCCAACGAGGCCGCCGAACGUGCUCGCAAACAAGCCGAAUACGAAGCCGCCGACGCUCGCGAUCAAGCCAACGAAGCCAACGCUCAAGUCAGCAGCUUGUCAUCUGCCAAGAGAAAGUUGGAGGGAGAAAUCCAAGCCAUCCACGCCGAUUUGGACGAAACCCUCAACGAAUACAAAGCCGCUGAGGAGAGAUCGAAGAAGGCUAUCGCCGAUGCCACCAAAUUGGCCGAAGACUUGCGUCAAGAACAAGAACACUCGCAACACGUCGACCGUCUUCGCAAGGGACUCGAACAACAACUCAAAGAAAUCCAAGUUCGUCUUGAUGAAGCCGAAGCUGCCGCUCUCAAGGGAGGAAAGAAGGUAACAUAAUUUUUUAUAAAAGAUUUUUUAAAUGAAAAAUCAAAAUUUAUAGGUCAUCGCCAAAUUGGAACAACGCGUUCGUGAACUCGAAUCUGAAUUGGACGGAGAACAACGUAGAUACCAAGAGGCCAACAAGAACCUCGGAAAAGCCGACAGACGUGUUCGUGAAUUGCAAUUCCAAGUUGAUGAGGAUAAGAAGAACUUCGAUCGCUUGCAAGAUUUGAUCGACAAAUUGCAACAGAAAUUGAAGACACAAAAGAAACAAGUCGAAGAAGCUGUAAGUAUACCUAAUAUGAGCAAUAGGAUUAACCUUAGGCCUUUCCAGCACACUAAAAUCAAAAAUAUUUUGAAUUACAGGAAGAACUCGCCAACUUGAACUUGCAAAAGUACAAACAAUUGACACACCAACUUGAAGAUGCCGAAGAGCGUGCGGAUCAAGCCGAAAACUCCUUGUCAAAGAUGCGUGCCAAGUCUCGCUCGGCCGCCUCAGUCGCACCAGGACUCCAAUCAUCCGCUUCAGCCGCCAUCAUCCGAUCACCAUCGCGUGCUCGCGCUUCCGACUUCUAA